UCCAGAGUGGAGUCCCUAAGGCAGCUGGACAUAAUUGAACAUCCUUCCAGCAGAUCCGACAACCAAGCUGGUGCCAAACAAGCUUCAUAAGCUUUCCUUUCGACCACACUCCUGAGGGUGAGAGGGGGAUUUUGACGACUGGGCAUCUCAGGAUCUCCAUACCUUCUGCCCAGGAUUGUUAUGACGAUCAUCAUCACCCAUUGUCCUUCGAGACAGAUGGAUGCCAACACCAAUCGAUGGGGUGAAUGCAAGCAGGCUUUUUCCACUGAGGUUGGAGCAACCGAAACGGAAUAUCAGGUGUUUCUCCUCCGACUUGAGUGUGUCCUCAUCGUAGCAGUAGAGGAAACCCUGGACCGACAUAUCAGAAUGGGAAUGGGAAGAGGAAUUGAAAUGGGUGUCCAGCGGGAAAUCCCUCCCUUCGUGUCGGAUGGUGAUGUUAAACCUGAUUCUGUUCCAGGUGAGUUGGAGCAUUUUCCUGCAGUACCGGUUACCAACAGCAGGUGGCGACCCUCGCCGUGAACUGAUGUUAUGGCCGCUCGCUGCCUCCAUCGUCUGGUUGAAAGCGGUACUGCCAUGAACAGAACUUCCAAACAUUCAUCAGGUGGAUUGGCGUGCUCCUGAAUUCAGAGCGUUAACGACGGAUGACUGAGGUUGAGGGUCACGGAGUGGUGUACACCUUUCUCCUCUCACCCCUCCUCGAUGUAAUUCUCAACUUCAUUGCUUUCCCCCCACUCACUCUCGAGCCCUGUGAACCGAAAGGCCCCCCACCAGGGAGUGAGGGGUCAAAGGUCUUCACACACUGUUCCCCCGUGUGUGUUUCUUUCUGCCCCUCCUUCACGCGGUGUUCCAGAGUCUCGUUCACUCCAUCCGUCACUCAGCCUCACUCACAUGAUCAUUUGGGAUACGAGUCACCUGAGCAAGGGUUGAGUGAGACACUUGGGUGGGAAGGAGAGGCCAAUGCAGGGGUCACAGGGAGCUACCACGUAGCGAAGGGAGUGGUGGGCAAGUGUUGGAGGCAUGAGAUAUGAGAAAGGGCGCACAGAAGGUAAGGGGCAGGGGAAAUCCUGGAGGAGAGGACGUGAGGGAUUUUUAUUUUAUUUAUUUAUUAGGAAAACACAGAAUAGGCCCUUCUGGCCCUUUGCACUAUGCCACCCAAUUUAAUGCUAGUCAAAUGAUGGGACAAUUUACAAUGACCUCUUACCUUGCCAACUGGUAUGUCUUUGGUCAGUAGGAGGAAACCUGAGGUCUUAUCGGGGAGAAGGCAGAAGAUUGGAGCUGAGAAGGAAAAUGGAUCAGCCAUGAUUAAAUGUCAGAGCAGACUUGAUGGGCCAAAUGGCCUAAUUCUGCUCCUAUAUCUAAUAGUCUUGUGGUCACUCGGUGAAAACGGACACAGUCAUGGAGAGAAGAUACAAACUUCUCACAGGCAGCAGCAGGAAUUGAACCUGGGCCGCUGGUAGUGUAGAGUAUUGUACCAACCAGUACGCUACCAUGGCACCCUGGAGCAAGGUUGAGGGAGGAUCAGGUGAGUCUGGGUGUAAGUGAAGACAAGGCUUGGAUAAAGGUAAAUGCCUGAGUUUGCAUGGUGUGUGUGUGUGUAUCAGAGACAGAGAGAGAAGUUCUGAGACUUCUCAGCUUUCCAGAUAGAUAUAGAUUCAGCACUGGUCCAUUUAUUACAUAAUUAUUUUAAAACUAAUUGAACGAUGCUCACUGGGACAAAGUACUUCUGCACUGACAUGUUAACCACUUUCCCAGUCACACUUAUUGUGAGGUGGUUAAGUGUGCUCCCUUCUCUCGUCAAACUAUCUGCAUUUGUCAAAACAAUCAGGAACACAUUUUACAAACUCUGCCCUGUCAAAUCCCUCAGCACAAUGAUAUCCCAGUCAAUACUAACAUUGUUGAAAUCACCUCUUGUUGCAAUUUUAAUAUUCCAACCAGGAUCUGCAAUCUCCCUACAUUUGGACUCUCAUAAUUCCCACUGACUGUUGAGUUCCUAUUAUUAAACUCCAACAAAGUGAUUAAUGUUUUCUGUGCCUCAGCCUAGGGGUGUCUGUGUGUGUCUGAGAGUGUGGUGUGGCGAGCAGCCAGUGUUUAGUGUGGCUUUGGCUCAUCAGGCUUGGGCGAGGUUUAGUAAUUGGUAGGUUUCUCUCAUUUUGUUCUCAUUUGUUCAUCCUUUUUUGUUAGGGAUUAGUGGAGUUGUUUGGAUGGCUCCAGGGGCAGUGUUUGGAAGCCGUACAACAGUCCCUUCGGACCAUUGACCAUCAUGCACCCAAACCUACGUUAAUCCCAUUUUAUUCUUCCCACAUUCCCUUUGCCCCCAGAUUCUACUUUUCACCUGCACCUGCAGCACUUUAGAAUUAACUGCCUGUCUUUGGGAUCUGGGAGGAAAAUGGAGCACCUUGAGGAAAGCCACAGGGAGAACUUGCAGAGUCCACACAGACAGUGCCAGAGGUCAGGAUCGAACCUGGAGCUGUGAGUCAGCUGUUCUACCCGCUGUGCCAGUGAACUGCCCAGCUCCAGGCUCCCCCCUUUACCCCCCUCUAUCAGUUCCCUCAGCGCUGAUGCCUGUGGCCUGCUUUCUCCGCAGAGACUGGUGCAGCUCUCGGCAGCUGUGGUGGGGACAUCAGACGCUGGCGUAUUUUGUGACCGUCAAUGAUCCCGCAGUCCCUGCUGGAGAGGACGCCGAUGGCCACUACUGGGUGAGCGGCCGCACUGCGGAGAUUGCCAGGCAGAAGGCAGCCAGGAGGUUCAACGUCUCUCCUGAGCUGAUCUCACUCCGACAGGAUGAGGACGUGUUGGACACCUGGUUCUCCUCUGGCCUCUUCCCCUUCUCCAUCUUCGGUUGGCCGGAUGAGACGGAGGACUUGAAAGUCUUCUACCCAGGCACGCUGCUCAAGACGGGUCACGACAUCCUCUUCUUCUGGGUAGCCCGGAUGGUGAUGUUGGGACUGAAGCUGACCGGGAAGCUUCCAUUCAAAGAGGUCUACCUCCAUGCCAUCGUCCGCGAUGCCCACGGUCGAACGAUGAGCAAGUCCCUGGGCAACGUCAUCGAUCCCCUGGAUGUGAUCACGGGCAUCUCGCUGGAGAAAUCAGAUUAUCCGGAUGGGAUUCCGGAAUGUGGGAUGGACGCCUUGAGAUUCGCUCUGUGUGCCUACACGUCUCAAGGCCGGGACAUCAACCUGGACGUUAACCGUGUCCUCGGCUACCGGCACUUCUGUAACAAGUUGUGGAACGCCACCAAGUUUGCCAUCCGUGGGCUCGGACAGGACUUCGCUCCAGAGGCCUCUGCCCAGCGCUCGUCACAGGAGAGUCUGAUGGACCGCUGGAUCCUGAGCCGCCUCAGCCACGCGGUGGAGACCUGCGACCGCAGCUUCAAGCAGUACGACUUCCCGGAGGUCACCACUGCCAUCUACAACUUCUGGCUGUAUGAGCUGUCUAAUGUCUACCUGGAAUGUUUGAAGCCUGUGCUCGCGGGCACGGACGAGAAUGCUGCCCGUGUCGCCAGGAAUAUACUGUACACCUGCCUGGACGUGGCCCUCGGCCUUCUGAGCCCCUUCAUGCCUUUCAUCACCGAGGAGUUGUACCAAAGGUUGCCAAGGCGACGUGCUCAGGACCCGCCGAGUAUCACCGUGACCUCGUACCCCGAGUGUGAUGAGUACAACUGGAGGGACGAGGAACUCGACCGGAACAUGGAGUUUGUCCUGUCCAUCAUCCACACCGUCCGGUCCCUGCGAGCCGACUACAACCUCACCAAGACCAAGGCUGACUGUUACUUGAAGUGCUUGGACCAAAGUACAGCUGACCUGGUGGGUCUGUUCACCCCCUACAUCGAGACGUUGUCCUCCUGCAAGACGGUGACCGUGCUGGUGGACAAGGACUGUCCAGCUGGCUGUGCCGUCGCCAUCGCCUCGGACCGCUGCUCUGUCCACCUGAUGCUGAAGGGACUAAUUGAUGCAGAAAAGGAGGUCACAAAACUCAAGACCAAGCAGGGAGAGGUUCAGAAGCAGAUUGCGAAACUCAGGGAGAAAAUGUCCAAAGCUGACUACAGCACCAAAGUGCCUCAGAAAAUCCGGGACAUGGAGGUGGAGAAGUUGAAGCAAAGUGAAACUGAACUGCAGAAGGUGGAAGAGGCCAUGAGGAACUUUGAGAAGAUGAUCUGACCUGUUGAGUGCAGCAGGGAGUGUGCCGGGAUUUUAACCGCUCUCCUGUGACGCACGUGCCUGAAGGAUGGUGUGGCCCUUCUUGGCACCAGACCUGUCUUUCCGGGGACAAACCCAGCUCUGGUGUGGACGGGUUGGUGAUGGGUGACAUGAAGUGCCUGCUGUCUCAUUCCUUUCCAUUCAGUCCCAUCUGUGUGCCAAGCCUCACCGUUCCCUGAUCUAUGGGUGACAGAGGUUGGUCAAUUUCCACCUCCGCCUCAGAGGGAAUUACCUGCACUCACUCUUUCCCACUCUCCCUCUCCCAGUGGCAUGCUUUCUCUCUCUCUCUGUAACCCAACUCUUCCCAUUUUUCUCUCUCUCCCUCUUUCCUCUUUCUGAUUUCUCCCUUCAAUCUUUUACCUUCACUUCCAUGUUGUUUUUCCUCAGUGCCUCUGUUUUGCUGUUUCACUUUCCAUCUCGUUCAUUUCUCCAAGUUGUUGUUUCUUUCCCUGCCUUUUCCUCCCUCUCGUAAUUCUCCAUCCCCUAUCCCCUUUCCAUCUCCUCAUUUACUGAGGCCAUGCAGCCCUGCAGACAGACCUCGUGUCUGUCUCCUAACCAGUCCACCAGAAACUGUCGGCAAACUUGUUCCCUCCUUUUCUCCCUCUCACUCUCACCUGGAGAUGGUCUCCAGGUUUUAGGUUUCUGGGCUUCACCUGAAUGAUCUGCUGCAGAGAUUUAUUGUGACAAAGUGGUCAGGCUGUGCUCGUUUGGAAGAAGGGUGAGAAGGGAAGCAACAAGCUUCAGUAGCUAAUGGAUGUGGGGAAGAGGGAGUUUCAGGGAGUUGCAAUGUGAGGUUGUGGGAGGAGGAACUGAUCAGCUGCCAAUCUUUGUUCUAGUUGCCGGGUGGGGUCGGGUGUAAACCCGGGACUGGAGCCCUGAUGCAGCAUCUUCACCCGCUGUGCCCCUGAACCACCAGGGAUUUUUCAGAGGGGUGGGCUUGGAUUUCAGCCACCCACCCCCUCCAGAAUAUCCAGAUGAUGGCUUGUGGCCCAAGGCUGUGAACAUCCCCCAGCCGCCAUCUGUUCCCCUGGGAGUUUACAGGAAAUCCUGUGCAGGUUCUCUCACCUCGCACUGACAAGCUGGAAUCCACUUCCAGUACCGGCAUUAAGUCCAGGUUUUGGGAUCUCCAACGCUGUGGAGUUGGGAAAGGAUUUGUGUUCUGCUGCAUGUCACAAGGCAGUGCCAACAAGGAACAAAAACUGAAUAUUUAAUGAAGGACUCCCUCACAUCGAUCUGUCUUGGCAUCAUAAAGUGACUGCCCAGUAGUGCAGUCAGUUCCAGCCACGUCAGUCUGUGACAAUCUCCACGUUGUUCUGGUCGUUUGGGAAAUUGAUUCCAUCUUGACUCCCCCACCGCCAACCCCCGAUCCUUUUUCUCCCCACCUGCCGUCCUGUUUACUUGCUCCCUCCCAUCAUUGAUUCACCCUUCUCCCAUUGUGCACUGGCACACACUGACCAUUUCCCCACCCCAGCCCUCUCCUCCAUCUCCCAAUUUAGAGCUGGCAUGAGUUCAAAUAAAAAAACUAUUGUUUUGUUGCAAGAAUGUUGGCUUGUUUGGAGUCUUCAAUUUGUGACCAAGUGAUACUAUAAACUUUAGGCUCUUGAAAUGGUUCUGCUGAUGUGAAUUAUUAUUUUAAUUUGCAGAGUUAUUAACUGAGAACAUUUGUUACAAAAGUGGGUUUGACCAGAUGAUCACAAACGAGAGAAUCUGCAGAUGCUGGAAAUCCAAGCAACACACACAAAAUGCUAUAGGAGGUAGGCAGACCAGGCAGCAUCUGUGGAAAAAAGUACAGUCACCGUUUUGAGUGCAGUCCUGUCGAAGGGUCUCGGCUCGAAAUGUGGACUACUUUUUUCCAUGGAUGUUGCCUUGCCUGCUGAGUUCCUCCAGCAUUUUGUGUGCGUUGCUUGACCAGAUGAUGUUGAUAAUGCUGACCUCUGCCAGUUCGACAGUUUGAAUCACUUUGCCUCAAGAAAUAACAAGUGGUUAAAAUACAAUUUGUAAUUGAAAGUAACUGAAAUAAAAAUAA